GGUUUCGUCUCACAAUCAGCAGUAUCGCGACCUAACCUAGCUUUUCAAGAUUAGCAUGCGUUGUUGAGCAUGCUGAGGAACCUGCUCCGCGCGCGGCAACUGUCGCGCGAAACUCUCGGCGGUCGUGUAUCGUUAACGACGUUCUCGCGGCUGAGGCUGACGAGGGGGUUCUCGAGCGACGUGGCGAAGGACCGCGGGUCCGACGGCGACGAUGACUCGAGCAAGGACACGCGAGGUUAUAACCUCGCGACCACCAUGAAUACAAAAUACAAAGUGUUUCACGACGAAGACGCGGACGUUAUCCUGGACGUGAGCGAGGAGCAGCAAAAGAUUCUCCUCGAGGAUCUGGGCAAGCAGCAGGAGGAAGCUCGCGAUCCUUACACCGACGUAGAUCUGGAACAUGGUGUUACUGGAGUAUUCGACAUCGAGCAGCUCGUCGAGUUGUUGAAGAGGGACAAGGCCAGGAACAUCUUCGUCGCUUCGGUUCCCAAGGAGUACGCUUACGUGGACUACAUCGUCGUUACGACCGGAAGCUCGCGGAAGCACAUGAACGCCCUUGCCACCUUCAUACGCAAGGUUUACAAAAUGAAGAAACAUCGGAACGAGGCGAUGCCCAAAAUCGAGGGGAAGAACUCGAACGAUUGGAUGGCCCUGGAUUUAGGAAACAUCGCUCUGCACAUCUUCUCUAGCUCCGCCAGAGAGCUUUACGACUUGGAGACGUUGUGGUCAGUCGGCUCGCAAUACGACGACAAGACCAAUGCAACGGAGGAGCCGAGCAUCAUGGAUCAGUACAACGCUUUCCUGGCUGAUCUUCAACCGGCCGAUGGUGCUCGAUGAUUCGCGCGCGUGUAUUUUAAUGUUAAGCAAAUUUUAAAGGUAGUCUAAUAAAAAAAAAAAUGAUAAAAUUAAAA